CAUCCUGCAGGAUGGAGAACAAAGGAGUUCUGCCAUCGGGCACGAUAUAUAUAAGCGCUGUUUGUUUCGAUAGGACUAUAGUUCAUUUCUGCACAGCUUCAAGCUACAAGCUCCAAAAAAGUUUUUGAAAAUGAAAUUCUUCGUCGUUGUUCUGGCACUGUUCGCCGUGGCCGCCGCCCGUCCCCAGGAGGACAAGUACACCACCAAGUACGACAGUAUCGACAUCGAUGAGAUCCUGAAGUCGGACCGUCUGUUCAAGAACUACUACAACUGUCUGUUGGAUACGGGAGCUUGCACCCCGGAAGGCAACGAGCUGAAGCGUGUCCUGCCCGAUGCCCUGGAGAACAACUGCUCGAAGUGUAGCGAGAAUCAGAAAAUGUCCAGCACCAAAAUCAUCAAGUUCUUGACCGAGAACAAGCCAGAAGAGUGGGUCGCUCUGAAGGCCAAGUACGAUCCCGACAACAAGUAUGUCGAGAAGUAUGUGGCUGAUGCCGAUAAGGAUGGAAUCAAGCUGUAAAAUAAAUGAUCGAUUGAAAUGAAAAUAUUAUGAUUGUUGCUUUUUUUCAAAAUUUCGGAAGAAGAAGAGGUAGAAAAAGUCAUAGGAACAGGAGCUUAGGAACACAGGACCAAGGAAUGAUAAGAGGGCAUGUACCAGGCCUAAGAAGGGUGACGCGUCCAGACGGAAGAGUCAAACUACUCGGAAGUCCUGAAGACGAUGAGAAUUGGGCCAAUUCUCAUAUACAUAUAUAUGAACAAAAACAAAAUUGAAAAAAAAUCAGGAUCGCCAAAUUUUCCGGAAAACUCCAGUAGAAAACAAAUAUUGUCCACAGACACCACAUACUCUGAAAAAUCAUAACUGAAGAACGAAGCAUCUAGACACAUUUUUUUGUCAAAUUACAAGCAAUUUUUCUCAGAAAUUGAAAAACAAUACAAAAUGAAAAUUGUUUUCCACAAAAUUGUCCACAGUUGAGGAAACGUCGGAAAAACUUUUUAGGAAGUCCGGAAAAAACCUCAUAAAAAUAUUUUUGGAAGGAAAUUACAUAAGCUAUAUU